AUGAAGAAGUCAUCCGUUGGGACGGAGGGAAACUGGCAGGCCCUGCGUGGUAAAAGCUGUCAACGUCGGCUUCGAGAUGUAGAGAGACUACUGCUGGCAGGAGCGCUGUCGCCCUGGAGCUGUGCAAGGAUUGCAUAUGUCCGUCAUGAAAUUGCCAAAGCCGUCGCCGAAACACGUCAAAGCCACCUGUCCGCAGCGUUUUAUGAGCGCGUAAAAGACCUUCGCCACAGUUGUCAUCGAACACCGUCCCCGACGCAUCGGGCACUUGUGGUUGCUGAGAUUGUGGCAACAAUCUGCCAAUUUCUACAAGAAGAUGACGGUGAAUCGCUCGCCGCCUUGGCCCGAACAUGUCGUGCGCUCCGCACGCCUGCGCUCGAGGUCCUAUGGGGCCGCCUUAAAAACCUUAUACCGAUUUUUCGACUGUUGCCCCCCGACGCGUGGGCAUUCCACGUCGAUGAAAUCACUUCACGCCGUGUCUAUCGCCUAGAACGGGACCUCGUCCCAGAAGACUUUACGACAAUGGCAAAAUACACCCCGUUGGUGAAGACCAUUGGGUUUAAUCGACGCGGCGAUGGCUGGCCCUCCUACGAGUACGACGUCCUUCCUGCAGGUCCAACGCAAAUUAUGGCGCAAUGUUUCCCUCAGCCCAUCCUUUUUCCAGCUCUACGUACCUUGGACUGGCCGCGCACUUUCUGUACUGCCACAGCUCAUCAUCUUCAAAACCCUCACGACGCGUGUGAAGACUUUUGGGCUUGUGCAUGUCUGUGCAUCGGACCCAAGCUCAAGAAUGUCGUUAUCGACGUAUCCGUCCACUGUCGCCAUGUCCUAGAGAAAGACUGGAAUGCCCAACUGAUGAACUUCAUGACGAGGGUUGGCACAGAAUGCCCACAGCUUGCCGAGAUGGACGUAGACGUCACUACCGAAUGGGGAAGCUCUGGGAUUCUUCCAUUCGCCACAGAAUGGCUCUCCUCGCUGGUCUGCCGAAUUCCACGGCUCGAGGUACUUCGCUGCGGAACAGUCCCUCUGGACGGAACUGCGCUGGCUCAUCUCGGUUGUUCUUCCACCUUGAAGGAGCUGUGUGUGCUUCUGACUCGUGACACUGUCGACUCCUAUACGGCAAUCUCUCUCGAUUCUGGCGUUCGAGCGCGCUUCGCCGCACUCCGAGCAUUGGACAUCUGGACAAAAGACCUGGCAGUUUUCAAUGAUCUGGCGGAUGGCAACGUUAUGUUUCCGCAAGUGGAGGCAUUUAACAUUGAAUUCAUCUCGUGCCCAUCUGGAUCUGAUGUCGAUGCCUUUUUCAACGUGCUUCACGAUCAUUUCUCGCCCUCGAGACUUCAGCGUCUCACUGUCAACACUGAUGCUUGGUCCGAUUCAUGGUCCAGCAACACUGUUUUUUCUCGUGCAUGUGCUCUUCUGCCCCUUCAUGUGCGUCGCCUUCUUGCGUUCCAUGAGUUGAGGCAAGUAGACUUCAAUGCACGCUGGUCAGUAAAUCUCAACGACGGCAUAGCGGAGGCCAUGUCACAGGCGUGGCCGCAUGUCGAGACGCUGAGACUCUCACCGCAACGCGGGCACUGGGAAGAAGACGAAGUCACAUCAACGCUGCGUUCGCUGCACGCAUUGGCCACAAAUUGUCCACGUCUGGUCCACCUAGACAUACCAUUCCAGGCGGAUGGCGCCAACAUCCACCUCCUGCCACCGCGUAUCAAGCAGAAUCACCCGCUCAAACGUCUUGGCUUGCAGUGGGUGCUCAUUGACGAACACGUCUCCGAGGUCGCGGCGUUGUUGGGAGAAAUCGUUCCUAACAUCUCGAUCAACGCGAGUUGCUUGCGCGACGAUGAGCAAGAGAGUCGGUGGCUUGCAGUGAAGAGCGAGCGUACGCCGGCGCUGACAGGAUCUACAGAUGCCGAGCUAGACACUCCGUUCAACGAUUGGGACUGGUAG